CUGACUGCUUGAUGAAUGCGCCGACAGCGUUUGUCCCGUGGAAUAUUGACCAACAGAACGGCCUCUGUCCUACUAAGGUGGUACCCUGGUGAUAUUGGUGAACAAUUCUGCGACAUUGAAAAUUCCUUGGAUCAGUCGUUUCUUCGGCCCUAGGACACCUCCCCGUCAUAAUUUGGAGCCGGCCGCUUGCGAAGGAGCUGUCAUACGGCAUAAUGCCCAGUAAUUUACCAAGACAACGCCACGAGUCUUCUAGGAGGCUCACACCACUGGGUCGUCCGCGUCCUCGGGCAAUAUCGUCUGGGCACUCACCUCUGUUAGGUUCUCCUUCCUUCGCUCUAGCUCCAUCUGCGGGAAAACACGUCUCCACAUUCACUCAACCGGUCUCUUCGCCCGCCAACCCUCGUAAGCCCAGUCCACUACCGAAGAAGCGGCGUCGCCAUCAUACCUCAACCUCAGACAGCGAGCCCGAAGUUAUCACUGGACACGUUCUCGCCAAUGGAAAACUCAAGUGUUCUGAUCCUGAGUGCAGCGUGCUGAAGUUCGGUCGACCAGCGGACUUUCGACGCCACUACAAAAUGGUCCACGAAACGAAGAAGAUCGAAUACUUCUGCACCUGGAAGGGCUGCGACCGAUCCAAGAGACCAUUUAAGAAGGGCAAGGGCCGCAGCUUCGGGUCGCGAAGGGAUAAGAUGGAAGAGCAUGUACGUACAGUACAUCAGAGGGUAGACAAGAGGAAGAGGCAACAACCCGGCACAGAAGACGAGGAAGAUGAGGAAGACGAUGAUGAUACUGAGGGAACCGAACAACCGCAAAGCAAGACGCAGCGACGCUUGUGAUACUAGAGGCCCUCGAAAAAGUUACGGCCAAGUAUCUGGCUCUUACAGUGUCUUGUUUAUGUAUAGAGCUAUAAGUUCCUACGACAGUAUUUACGGCGUUUGCGGUACAUCAGUGUACUUCUUCGGUCUGGAUUGCUCGUGGAGGGUUGUGACGAUUCAAUGGUGUUCUAUCUUGCGCUCGAU